UGAACAGGAAGGAGAAAAAAAAAACCUCCACCGGUCUUCGUUCCCCUCCUGCUGCUGCCUGCUCUCCUGGAGUCUUCCUCCUCUCCUGGAAUCUCCUCUCUCCGCCUUGCGUUUGGUUCGCAAGCACUCCCUCGCGACCAAGCCCUAGCAGAUCGGCGCCGGCCAUGGAGAGCUGGGCGACCUGGGUGGGCGCGACCGUCACCUCCGCCUUCUUCACCUCCCUCGAGCGCUGCUCCUGCAUCAACCUCUCCACCCAAGACGACGACCACGAGGACGAGGAGGAAGCCAAGGACCGCCCCCUCAUCCUCUCCGCCCCCGCCUCCCACCACCACGACCCCGACGGCAAGGAGGAUCAGGACCAGAAGCAACCGCCCCUACCGCCCGUAUGAAUUGAAUGGCUCGCUCAUUACGACUUCCUGCUGCUAUACUCCUCUUGUUAAGACUCGUUCCCAUUGUAUGAUGUGAUGAACUGUAGUAGGUGUUAUAUCCCUGUCCUUCCUUCAUCACCAAAUAAAUCUUGUGCUCUUUUGUGCGAUCCAUAUUCUUCUGUGUC